AGCGUGGUGGGCUAUGGGAUGGACGAAGCUGAGCAGGACCAGUACGAAGCCCAUCUCAAGGAGCUGUUUGACAGCUUUGACGUUACCGGCGCGGGCUCCCUGGGCCAGGAGGAGCUGACGGAGCUCUGCCGUGUCCUGCACCUCGAGGAGGUCGCCCCUGGAGCCCUGCAGCAGACGCUUGCCCAAGACGGUCUUCCAAGCCGGGUCCACUUUGACCAGUUUAGAGACGCGCUUAUCCUCAUCCUGUCCAGUACGCUCACCAAUGAAGACUCCUUCCAGCAACCAGAUUCUUCCCCGGAAGCCCAACCCAAAUACAUCAAGGGCGGGAAGCGCUACGGCCGGCGGUCCUUGCCUGAAUUUCAAACAUCCGUGGAGGAGUUUGCUGAGGUGACAGUGAUUGAGCCCCUGAAUGAGGAUGAGGCCCAGACGUCCUGUCUUCCUGGGGAUGAUGGCUGCGACGAGCGUUGGCAAUCCCAAGACAGUGAGGAGUAUGAAGCUGAAGGACAACUGAGGUUCUGGAAUCCUGACGACCUCAAUGCAUCCCCAAACAUUUCCCCCACUCAGGACUGUAUAGAAGAGAAGCUGAAGGAGGUGUGUGAGAAUCUCGGCAUCUCUCGGGAUGGCCACCUGAGCAGGCAGAAGCUAGUCUCCAUCUGUGAGCAGUACGGCUUGCAGAAUAUCGACACUCAGGUGCUGGAGGAUGUUUUCCACAAUCUUGAGCAUGACGGCACAAUGAGCGUGGAGGAAUUCUUCUACCGCCUGUUUAAAAUCAGGAAGCCACUCCCGCCGUCUGCCUCCACCCCAUACCGGCAGCUGAAACGGCACCUCUCUAUGCAGGCUUUAGACUUCAGCUUGGAUGGGAAAAUUAAUCUGGCAGAGCUCACCCUUGCUCUGGAAAACGAGCUUCUCGUGGCAAAGAACGGGAUCUACCAGGCAGCCUUGGCGAGAUUCAAAACAGAGAUCCGACAUUGGAUUAAGUUGGACGAAGAAUACAAGGAGCGCGUGGCCGCCCUCAAAAACGAGCUUCAGAAAGACUGGGAGCAGAUCCAGCAGCAGGCCAGCAAGCAGCAGGCGGAGCUGGAGCAAGAGGUGGAGCAGCUGAAGAGGGAAGAAAACUUCCUCCGGGACCGCCUGGCGCUGACGCUCAAGGAGAAUGGUCGCUUAGAAAGGGAGCUGGAGGAAACCGGAGAGAAGCUGUUGAAAUAUGAAAACAUGCUGAGCAAGCUGCAGAAGAACUGGGAAAGCGUCCUAGCAGAAAAGUUUGAUGACCUUGAUCCUGGCUGUGCAGAGUUUUUCCUGCAAGAGGAGCGGCUGGUGCAAAUGAAGAACAAAUAUGAACGGCAGUGCAGGGAACUCCAAGAUCAAGUAGACGAACUGCAGUCUCAGCUGGAGGAGUAUCGGGCCCAGGGCAAAGUGGUCCGGCCUUUGCUGAAAAACUCUCUCUACGAGGAGCUCAACGAGGGUGGAGAAGAAGGCGAUCAAGAGCCGGCUUCUGAGGACUGCAACCCGCUGAAUAUGAGCAUAGAGGCAGAAAUGGUGAUCGAGCAGAUGAAAGACCAGCACCACCGGGACCUCGGCCACUUGCAACAGGAGCUUGAAAACGCCAUGUGCCACUAUGAGAAGCAGCUGGAGGCAACCAAGACCCACUAUGAGAAGGAGCAAGAGAACCUUCAGCGGAGGUAUAGCGAGGAGAGGCGUACGAUGGGGCAGCGAGCCGAUCGCCUGCAGGCCCAGGUUGCUGAGCUCCAGGGAGAGCUGAUGGCCAUCCGCCAGGAGUGGACCCUCGAGAAGAGCAACCUGCAGAGGCGCUUGGAGGAGAAAGCCAGCCUUCUGGAGCACCUGGAGGCCCAGCACGAGAGGGAGCUCCAGGCCCGGCUGGAAGGAGCUCAGGAGGAUUUUAGCCGUGAACGGUCGGAGUUGAUCCAGGCCAAGGCUCAGCUGGAGGAAACAAUGAGGACGUUGGCUCAGACUAUCCAGGAGGAGAAAGCACAGCUAGAAGAGGGCUUCCAGCAGCAGCUGCAACAGCUGUUGGAGAAGCACAGCCUGGAGAAGGAGCAGCUUCUGCGCGACCUGGCAGAGAAGCAUCAGCAGGAACUCCAAGAACGCAGGACAAAAAUGGAAAGUGAAUUUAACGGGAGGAUGUCUCGGAAAGAGGAGGAAUUUGCAGCCGACCGACAGGCACUGGUGAGCAAGUACGGGGAAGCCAUCAAAGUCCUUGAGGAGCGCUACCAGCGAGAGAUGCGGGAGCUCUCUGAACUUCAGUGUGAGUUGAGGUCCCAGUGGGAAUUCGAAAAAGACGAAAUGGUCCAGGACGGAGCUGAAGCCCAGGAGAGAUGGAAGGAGAAGCUGGAGAAGGAGCGGUUGGUCUCCUCGGCCCUCGUCCAGGAGAAGAAACUUCUGGAGAAGAAUUUCAAGGAGCGCAUGAACUUGUUGGUGGUAGAAAAGGAGGAGCUGGAGGAGGAACUGCGCGAGGUGAAGAAGCAGGCGGGCGGGCUGCGUGAGAGGCUCGCGCAGAUCCAAGCCUGCCAUGAGCGGGAGUUGCAGAGACGAGGAGAAGAACGGUCUGCCAUGGAGGAAGAUCGGGAGUUGGCUCGCCAACAGCUCGGGCGUUUGGAGGCGGCCUUUGCCCAGGAGAGAGAAGAGCUGAAUUCCAGGUUGGUGGCGCUGGAGCGUUUGAAAGGCGAAGUGCUCAGCCGAGCAGCCGAAGAGAAGAAAGAAUUGAGGUCCAAAGUCUCGAGACUGGAGGGUCGGAUCCAGGAGCUUCAGCACAGCUUGCAUCACCUGUCCAGACGGCAAAGAAACCUCGCCUGCUUGGAAAAAGGAGAAUUAGAAACACAGGGCUGGGAUUCGGUCAGCCCUGCCAAACUCGCAGGAACUGGAGAGGGGAGGGAUGUUCUCCCAAACCGUGGAGAAUUCCAGGUGGCAGGAGGAGGAGGAGGAGGAAGGGAGAUGGCCUCCCUCUCUGUAGAGGGUGAGUCCCUGAGAAUAUCCGGGGGAGAAGAAGCCCCAUCCCUGUCUUUCCUUCCCUUGGUUCCAGAAACACUGGCAGACUCUCAGCUCCUGAGUAUGACAGAGGAAGACAACCGUCAGACAAAAAAAGGAGGUAGAAUCGAAAAGCCGGAGAGGGGUGAAGGUUCUUUAUUGGAAAUGGAAGGAAUAGCAGCUGAUGAAAGCAUGGAGACUUCCCUCGCUUUGGGGAAGGCCUACGAAGAAAUUUGGGAAGAGAACCAAGUCCUCAAAGCCCAGCAGUCUCUCCUUCUGGAGCGGAUCAGCCUCCUGGAAGCCGAAUGUGACCAAGCAGCUCACGAUCGACAAGACAUGGCGUCCGAGGUCCAGAAGGAGCUUGAGGAGAUCCUGAGGACCAUCCCCCGGCCUCUCGUCUUGCCCUGUGGAAGCGACGAGAGUAAGGGAAAUUUCCCGUGGGAAACGGCGGAUGUUGCGGAUGGCCCGACGGGAAGCGAGAGGGUCGCCCCUGACGUUUCGCAGGCUGAAUUAAAUGUAGAGGAGUUGAGCGCAGGCUCUCUGCCGCUUGAGACGGAGGGCAGGGAAGCCAGCCGGAUGGAGGACGGAGCGCUGAGAGAGCGGAUGCCAGACCCUUGGCAGGUGAACGAUGGCAAGGAGACGCAUUCCCAAGGGCAGCCGGAUGUCCCGAUGUUGCCCGAGGAACUGAAGGUGGAAAACCGGGUCCUGAAAGCGGAGGUGAUCAAGCUACUCGAGAGGAACAGCAAACUGGAGGGGUACCUCCCGAGACUGGUCAGCCUGCAAUCCCAGCUGGACACAAGAGACCGAGAAAGCCGCGCCUGGAAAGAGGAAAAGCUUCAGCUCUUGGAGAGAACGAGGGAACUCGAAGGCGCCCACGAGCAGCUGGUUCUGGACCACGCCGAGCUGCAGAACGCCAAGCUGGCCUUGCAGAGCAAGCUGGGGAAACUGGAAGAGUUCGUCGCCGGCCUGAAAGCCUCGAAAGUGGGCCGGGGCGGCGAACGCGGCGAGGGCGUCGGCAAGGACGCGGAGGCCGAGAAGAGAGGGCUUCACGAGCUGAACCGGAAGCUGAAGGAGAAGAUCGCUGCCUUGCUGAGGCAGAAAGGCACCCACGUGCGGGAGAAGGAGGACUUAAACGUGGCCCUUCGGGGCUUGCAGAGCGCCUACGGCCAGCAGCAGCAGAGGCUGGAGCGCCUGAGAUGUGAAGUGGAGCCUCUCAGGGAAGAAAACGCGGCUCUGAAGAACGAAAUAGCUUUGCUGAGGGACAAGGAGAAGGAACUGGACGGGUCUCAGGAGGAUCUCUGGCAUAAAAUAGCGGCUGUACAGAAAGAAAAAGUGGCCAUGGAAAAGCUGGCUGAUAACUUUAAGAAGCAGGCAUCCGAGCUGAAAGCCAGGAAUCACCAGCUGGAACUGGAAAACGCCAGGCUGGGCCACAAGAACUCCCAGCCUCAGGCGGAUGGGCAGGACCUGAACCAGGAGUUGAUGGAGGUGCUUUUACCCAGGUGCCCGGAUCUCUCCGACCUCCAGAGUGAGAUUUCCAGUGUCCUUAUGAAAAAUGAGAAGCUGCUGAAAGAGAGGGAAACCCUCAGUGAAGAGCUGAAUCAGUGCAUGGAGAAGGUGGCUAAAACGGCUUUCCUGGAGAAUCUUGUGAGUUCUAUGAAGCAGGAGAAAGCGUCCCUGGAGCACCACAUGGCCGAAUCCCAGGACAAGAUUCAGAGUUUUGACGAUGCCGUGCAGAACGUCAACCUCCAGAUGUCCAGGCUCAGGUCGGAUCUUCGGAGAUCCCAGCAGGAGAAAGAAGCCGUGGAACAAGAGGUUGCGUCGUUACACCAGCAGCUGCAGACAGCCCAUGAAAAGAAUCGGGUCCUGGAGGUGGCGGUGCAUUGCAUUCGGCUGCAGAGCCAGCAGAAGAAGCUAUGCUGGGAGGAACUGGACCAACUGGUCAACCAGAUGAAUUCUUUUGAGCGUGACCUGGAGACCAUCAAUUUGGAAACUGAAGGCCUGAGGAAAAAACAGGUCAAACUGGAUGAACAGAUGCUUCCCUCGAGCUCCAGCGCGAUGCUUAGCCCACCGCCCCAGCCUCCUCGUGACCUCCAGCAGCAAGGCUGUGCCAUGGUCUCCUGGGAGCAGUACCAGCGCCUCCAUCACCAGUUCCGCCAGGCGGAGCGGAGGUGCCAGCGGCUGCAGGAAGAGCUGGAGAGCCAGCCUCUGGAAACCGACAUGCCCCAGAAUGGGCAUGAGCAGCUGUUCGAGACCAUGGAGAAACGCAUGAUGGAUGUGGAGCAGCAGCUGCAGCUCGUGAAACGGCUUCUCCAGGAAAAAGUCAACCAGCUGAAGGAACAGCUGACCAAGAACAGAAAAGCUGAUGAAAUGGUGAAGGACCUCUACGUUGAGAACGCCCAGCUCCUGAAAGCUCUGGAGAUGACCGAACAGAGGCAGAAAACGGUGGAGAAGAAGAACUACCUGCUAGAGGAGAAGAUUGCCAAUCUGGGCCGGAUCGUCAAGAACCUGACCUCGCCGCCGACGUUGGCAUCCGCAGCCCAGCUGGGCUCGAAGCCAGAGGCCGGGCUUGCCUCUCUCGGCCCGGCGCAUGCACUUUAUAGAACGGUGAACUUCCCUGUGGUCUUCAACGAUGCUGCCCGUUGAAUGUUAAUGAUCACAGCUUUCCUCAGGGCUAUGCGUUCUCUGCCCCUAAGAAAGCCGGGUUCGGGUCUCGCGCACCUGUCUGGACAGGUCCAAGCGCCAUCUGAACGACAGACUCCCUGUUUUGCCUCCCAAGACUUUGUGGCUGGGGAGGAGAGAGUGUGGGAGCCUCAGAAGGGGCUCUUUUAAGUGUCACCUGGAGAGCCACAGACCUGGUUUGCAGGCUUUCGGAGCAGCAGAAGGAAGUGCAGUGGGCCCCAUCCACCAAAAGAGUGCACCGGCCCACUGCCACCCUGCAAGAAGAUGGAAAAUCAUAGUAGUACUCCAAUGUCUGCUCUUUCUAGGCCACGGGGGUUGGGGAUGGGGAGCGAGAAGCGAUUGAGAAAUGGGGGUGUGAUGGUGUGGAUUUGUGCGGGCAAGGGGCUGCAAUGCCCCCCUCCCUUGUCAAAGCAUAAAGUACCAGUCUGGCCUAAAUCCAAAGGGCCGUUGACUUCUGGCCCCAGCGGCUGCUACAACAACGUCUGUAUUUUACCUUUGUCACCUAUCAGUGACAUGACACGUUUUGCAUGUAGAGAGAAGGUUUGCAGGUGGCUAUAUUCGAAUUACUGUACCUUUAGUCAUUCUUGACUACAAUCUCCAAAGAGGGGUUUCAGGUUAAAAACCCAAAAUGUCCUCCACUGGCUUUUAAAAUUCCUAAAUUACUUGACCAGCUAGCCUGACAUUACCUUUUUAUGGCUUUAUUUUUUAUUAUUUCAGAUUAUUUCAACAUAACCACUUGAUUCAAUGCACUAUACUUGGGGAAUGUACACCUGAUCUACCUGAUCCUCCCCUCAAAAAAAUUCAGUGGUGGUGGGGAGAGCAGUGAUCUCCCUUUGCCCUUCUUGCUGUGGGUUCAGUGGUCCAGCCCGUGCAGAUUAAAGGUGUCUAGACGUGUCUUCUCAUCAUGGCGGAAUGAGUUGCUGAUGAGCAUGGGACAAGAUACUGAGAGGCAGAGGGACCGAUGUACGACAGCUCUCAGUUGUAGUAACUUUUGCCCAGAGGCUGGAAAAGUUCCUUUUGGAGAACUACAACCCCCAGAAUGCCCCGGCCACCCUAUCAGCCUCUUUACUCGGGAGAUUGCCAUAUGUCAAACUCCUAGUUCAUGACUUUGCAUCCCAUUUUAUUACUAUUGCUUAGAAAUAGAAAAGACUGCAUUUUGGCUACCUCUUUCCUACCUUAAUUCCACGUCCUUUGCUUUUCCUCUAUUUGCUAAGCAAAUGGCCACUUGGGAUACAGCAUCGCUCUUUCUGGUUGUCCGAUCAAUCUCACCUCCUCUUUUUCUGUUGAGCUCUUUCAGCAUUUCGUUGCCCUUCCUUGGCUAAACGAGCCUUCUCCCCAAGCCUUUCCUGCCCAACGCACAUCCACAGAACACCCCACUCCCCCCCAUAUCUUCUGCAACCCCACACGCCUGUGCAUGCAUAAUGCACCUUCCUUCUUUCCCCCUCCGUCUUUCCCCACGCAUCCUGUCUGCUCACUUCAUCCAUCCGGCAGGCUCAAUGGUGAGCCCUCCAAUGCUGGAGGCAUUCAAGAGAAAGUUAGACCAGCUUCUAUCAGAUAUACUUUGACUUGGAAUCAUAGAACCCUGAAGUUGAAAAGGACCUAUAAAGGCCAUCAAGUCCAACCCCCACUCCAUGCGUCGAGCAGGCACAGAAUCAACUCCCCGAUUCUCUGAUUCUGUGACUUAACAUGGCGUUUGCGUAUCUUUGGUGCAGUCCUCAGUUACUGUGAGUAUCUUUUGGAAUUCGCUGCUCAGAGAGGUACCACUGAUGGAAACCUUUUCAGCACCAGGUUAUGACAUUUUUUAUUUUUAUUCUUCUGGGCAUUAUAAAUUGCUACAAUAACUGAGCCUGCCUUAACAUCUUGACUGCAGCCUCUCCUUUUUUUAAUAGACAUGUGUGUUGCGGUUUUAAUGUACCUGGCAUUCAUAUUUUUAUUUAUGCCUCUCGUACACUGCCUUUAAAAAACCCGCUUAUGGGAAGGAGGGUUGUAGAAAUACUUUAAAUAAAUGCACAAAAGCUGA